AUGUUCUUCACUCGUGCCAUUGUCACCGCUGUCCUGGCUGGCGCCGCCGCCGCUUCCCCUGCCGUCCUCCAGGCCCGCGACCAGAAGCUCACCAUGAGCUACUGCCAAGGUUGCAUUCCCAUUGGUGUGGGCGGCGUAUCUUGCGUCUCAAACUUCUACAUCCACUGGGGUGACAACAACCUCGGCUCUUGCAACGACUCGUCGUUCCUCUUCGAUGACGGCUCGUGCUCGACCUCUGGUGCGACUAUUCCCACCCCGUCUGGUGACGGCACCUGGUCGACGACCAACUGUGGUGCCGCCACAGACCAGGUCCUGGGCACCAUCAGCGCCGGCGGCAACACUUACACCUGCUACCGCGCCAACGACCAGAACUUUUCGAACUUCUGUGGCGAGACGUAUGCUUGCUCCGUCUACGCCUCCUGCUAUGGCCCGUAG